UCCGACCCAACGAAUCGAGUAUUAUGAGGUCUAGCUAUGCUGUCAUUUUGGUAUAAAUAUAGGCCCUUUGGCUUCAUAGAAACCAGCUCCCUCUCCAUCCCUCUCCAUCUGUCAUGGAGGAGGAAAGCUUUAACCCCACCAAUACGAGGGAGGCUUCAGCAUUCAAACUAUUUGGUUUUCAGCUGAGUGAGGGCAAUGAAGGAGGAAGAGAGAAAACAACAGGACACUGGGGAUCAGAAAACAAGAAAUUCGAGUGUCAAUACUGUGAUCGAUUAUUCUCCAACUCUCAGGCACUAGGAGGCCACCAAAAUGCACACAAGAGAGAGCGUCAAAGAGCAAAGCGGGCCCAAUUUCCGGGCAAUCGUCCGCUAAUUGCUCUUAGCUCCCGCUCAGUCACGUCGUCGUCGCCAUCAUCAUCAUCAUCAGUACCCUCAAACCCCCCAUGCCCAAAAGUGUUAACCGGCUCUAGUGCCGCUGCUCGUUUUCCCUCUCCGAUUUAUAUUGGGCGGCCACUACAUUCUUCUGAUGUUGCCACUCCACCUUAUAGUCAGUUUUCUGGUAUAUUGCCUGAGGGGGAUGUAGAUCUCAAUCUUCAUCUAAAGCUCUCUACUUCUGGUUGAUGUUGGAUUUGCAUCAAAUAAGUUAUCUUUCUUUGAACAGUCACUACUAUGUUAGCCUACUUCCUACUUCACACACACACCACCACCACCACAACCAUUUUCUGAGAGGGAAUGCUUCCAAACUAUAUCAAUGUAACGCUUUAUUUUAGGCCUAAAGGAGACUUGUCCGAGUUGGGGUUGUGGGAAACCAGUGAUUCUGUAGUAUAGACGAUGUUGAACUUUACCGCGCCAAGGAAAAAAGAAAAAGAUGUUACGAGCUCAAAAAGAAAAAUACAAAAUUGAAAAAAGCAUGCAGGUUUUUCUUGUAUGAGGCUCAGGGUACAGUUCCAAUUUCCUUCCCUUGUUUGUCGCAGUGACUACUAUUGCCAUCGUAGAGGUGUCCAACCAUGGUGUCGUUUGGCAAUGUGAUUUGGUUUUUUGUCGAAGAGGAUUUAUCGAUCAAAA